AUGCAUGUGCAAUGUGAAAGGGUGGUGAAGCCACCGGACUCCGGCGUGAAAGAAGGUGGUGAUGGUGAUCCGCAGCUUCCAGUAGGGUUUUCAGAAGGCACCAAAGAUCAAGGACUUAUGGUGCAGUGGAGUCCUCAAACAAAGGUUUUGGCACAUCAAUCUGUUGGGUGUUUUUUGAGUCAUUGUGGGUGGAAUUCUCUCUUGGAGGCGAUCACCGCCGGUGUCCCUGUACUUGCUUAUCCGAAGUGGACCGACCAACCAACGAAUGCGAAGCUCAUUGUCGAUGUUUUAAGGGUUGGUGUGAGGCUCAGACCUGACAAAGAAGGCGUGGUCAGUAGUGAGGAAGUGGAAAAAUGUAUUGAAGAAAUUAUGAGCGGGCCAAUUUCGGAGGAAUAUCAUAAGAAUGCGACGAAGUUGAAGAGGGCCGCCAGAGAGGCGGUGGCUCAUCUGGCCGGAAUAUCCAGUGGUUCGUGGAUGAGCUCAUUGGCAAUUCUUGUCCAUGACGCAAAGGUGGAGGAUUUUCCUGAAGCAAUAUUUUUCGCUUCCGCCUACUCAAUGUGGGACAAAACAUAG